GAGAAAAAAAUAAAAAACAAAAAAAGGUCAAUGGAGUAUUGACACGUGGACCGCUGUGGACAUGUUCACCGUAGAUCUGAAGCAUUUAUAUAAAGGAUUCUAUACUUUUCUCAACUUGGUUUAUUAUUUCAGCCCCUCUUAUUAUAAGUUUGUUGCCUUCCCCUCUAAAUGCAAAUAUCCCACCAUCGACUUUACCAAAAUGUCGGGAGAAACAGAGAAAGCAAUGGAGAAACUACAGAAGUCUGGUCAUUUGGUGCUUGUUAUGUUCCCAUUUCAAGGCCACAUAACUCCCAUGCUUCAGCUAGCUGCUAUCUUACACUCACAAGGUUUCUCAAUUACUAUAGUUCACCCUGAAGUGAACUCUCCUAACCCUUCAAACCACCCCGAAUUCACCUUCAUCCCGAUACCAGAUAAGCUAACCGAAUCUGAAAUCUCAGAUAGAGAUCUUGCAAAUUUUGCGCUGCGUGUCAACAACAACUGUGCAGCACCAUUUCAGGAAUGCAUGAAAAGGAUAAUGCAUCAGAAAGAUUCGCAUGAUCAUAUUUCCAGCAUCCUCUAUGAUACAUUCAUGUACUGUGCUCAAACUGUUGCUGAUGACCUGAGCCUGCCUGGAAUAUCUGUGCGUACUAGUGUAGCUGCAUCAUUGUUGCUCUAUCCUGUGCUUCCUCAUCUUGAUCGGAAAGAUUCUUUUUCUGCAAACGAAGUGCCAGAGUUUCAAUCCCUUCAGCUUCAACAAAAUCGCGCAUUACUAUCGCAGAAUUCAACAGAUGCGGUGACAGAGGUGAGAGUUGCAUUCACAAACGGGGUGAAGAGCUCAUCAGCUAUAAUUGUGAACACAAUGGACUUCCUUGAACAAGCAGUACUGUCAAAGAUCAAAGAAUACUUCCCUGCUCCAAUUUUCACCGUAGGGCCAUUCCACAAAUUAGCUCAAACCAUUUGCAGCUCAUUACGGACGGAGGAUGCUAACUGCAUCUCUUGGCUUAACAAACAGGCCCCGAAAUCUGUCAUCUAUGUAAGCUUUGGUAGCUUGGCCAGCAUCGAUGAGCAAGAACUAAUUGAGACAGCUUGGGGCCUAGCUGACAGUAAACAACCCUUCUUGUGGGUGGUUAGACCUGGUUUGAUUCGUGGCUCAGAAUGGAUUGAGUCAUUGCCAAAUGGGUUGCAGGAGAGUGUGGGAGAAAGAGGUUACAUUUCGAAAUGGGUGCCUCAAAAGGAAGUGUUGGCGCAUGCUGCAGUGGGUGGAUUUUGGAGUCACUGUGGAUGGAAUUCAACCAUUGAGAGCAUCUGUGAAGGGGUACCAAUGCUAUGCAAGCCUUUCUUUGGAGACCAAUUCUUGAACUCAAACUACAUCUGUCAAGUUUGGAAAAUAGGCUUGAAAUUGCAGGAUACGUUCGAAAGAGGAAAUAUAGAAGCAGCUAUAAAAAGACUAAUGGUGGAUAUGGAGGGAGAGGAGAUGAGAAAGAACGCUAUGGAUUUGAAGGAGAAAGCAGAGCUUCGUUUAAGCCAAGGCGGUUCUUCAUGGAGCUCCUUGAACGAGUUCACAAAGCAAAUUCUGCUGUAAUUUUGAUUAAUUACAUAGCUCAUGCUUGGUUGUUUCUGCAGUUAAUUGAGUAUGGCUGCCUACUUUCAAUAAAUUAUCAGUGUUUUGUGUAUUCUUUUGAUUUUCAGAUGGUUGUUUUCACACAUUUUAUUUCAUGCACACAAACGCAAA